AUGAUGGAACAAUGCAUACAGCAUGGAGUUGCUAUUCUUCAUUGUCAUGCUGCCAAAGUGAAGAAUGAGAUUGCAGAAGGCAGUACUUCUCAUUUCAGUGCUUCUUCUGGCGGAGGAGGAAGCCGGGGUGCACCUCAGCACUAUCUCAAGACUGCUGGCAACAGUGAGUUCCUGGGGAAAUCCCCAGGGCAAAACGUGCAGAAAUGGAUUCCUGCAGGAAACACUAGGCGAGGUGACAACUCCGUAGCAAACAACUAUGCAAAUGAAAGAGAACAACAUGAUGCAAUCUUCAGGAAAGUAAGAGGCAUACUAAGUAAGCUUACUCCUGAGAAGUUUGACAAGCUUUGCCUUGAGCUCCUCAUUGUGGGUGUAGAGUCUAAACUCAUCCUUAAAGGGAUCAUACUGCUGAUUGGGGACAAAGCCCUAGAAGAGCCAAAGUAUAGCUCACUGUAUGCUCAGCUAUGUCUGCGAUUGGCAGAAGAUGAACCAAACUUCGAUGGCCCAGCAGCAGAGGUUCAACCAGGACAGAAGCAAAGCACAACAUGCAGACACCUCUGAAUUUCCAAAUUACAAGAUGAAUUUGAAAACCGAACCAGAAAUGUUGAUAUCUAUGAUAAGUGUGAAAAUCCCCUCCUCCCUGAGGAGGAGGAACAGAGAGCCAUUGCUAAGAUCAAGAUGUUGGGGAACAUCAGAUUCGUUGGAGAACUUGGAAAGCUUGAUCUUAUUUAUGAAUGUAUCCCUAAAACACUUUUGGAAAAAAAGAAGAGACUCCAACUCAAAGAUAUGGAAGAGGAUUUGGAGUGCCUCUGUCAGAUAAUGAGGACAGUGGGACCUAGAUUAGACCAAGAAAGAGCCAAGUCCUUAAUGGAUCAGUACUUUGCCCAAAUGUGCUCCUUGAUGUUAAGUAAGGAAUUGCUGGUGAGGAUUUGUUUCCUGCUGCAGCAUACCAUAGAGUUGAAAGAACACCAUUGGGUUCCUCGCAAGGCUUUUCUUGACAAUGGACCAAAGAUGAUCAAUCAAAUCCAUCAAGAUGUGGUAAAAGAUCUAGGAGUGUUUAUUCCUGCUCCUAUGGCUCAAGGGAUGAGAAGUGACUUCUUUCUGGAGGAACCGUUCAUGCCACCCAGGAUGACAAUGGAUAGGGACCCACUUGGAGGACUUGCUGAUAUGUUUGGACAAAUGCCAGGUAGCAGAAUUGGUACUGGUCCAGGAGUUAUCCAGGAUAGAUUUUCACCCACUAUGGGGCGUCAUUGUUCAAAUCAACUCUUCAGUGGCCAUGGGGGACACAUCAUACCUCCCACGCAAUCACAGUUUGGGGAGAUGGGAGGCAAGUUUAUGAAAAGCCAGGGGCUAAGCCAGCUCUACCAUAACCAGAGUCAGGGAGUUUUAUCCCAGCUGCAAGGACACUUGAAGGAUAUGCCACCUCAGUCUUCUAAGAAAGGACAGCUUAAUGCAGAUGAGAUUAGCCUGAGGCCUGCUCAGUCUUUCCUAAUGAAUAAAAAUCAAGUGCCAAAGCUUCAGCCCCAGAUAACUAUGAUUCCUUCUAGUGUACAACCACCACACACUCAAACACCACCUCUGGGACAGACACCUCAGCUUGGUCUCAAAACUAAUCCACCACUUAUUCAGGAAAAGCCUGCCAAGACCAGUAUAAAGCCACCACCAUCAAAGGAAGAACUGCUUAAACUAACCAAAACUGUUGUAACCAAGUAUCUGAAUAGUGGAAAUGCAAACGAAGCUGUCAAUGGUGUAAGAAGAGAGAUGAGGGCUUCUAAACACUUUCUCCCUGAGAUAUUAAGCAAAGUAAUCAUCCUGUCACUAGAUAGAAGUGAUGAAGAUAAAGAAAAAGCAAGUUCUUUGAUCAGUUUACUCAAACAGGAAGGGAUGGCGACAAGUGACAACUUCAUGCAGUCUUUCCUGAGUGCAUUGGACCAGUGCCCCAAACUGGAGAUUGAUAUCCCCUUGGUGAAAUCAUAUUUAGCACAGUUUGAAGCCCAUGCUAUCAUUUGGGAGCUGGUGAGCAUUUCAGAACUAGCUCAACCACUGGAAAGUGGCACCCAUUUUCCUCUCUUCUUAGUUUGUCUUCAGCAAUUAGCUAAAUUAUAA